CAAAUCAAUUGUAAACUCCCAAAGUGUAAACCGUCUUUACGGGUUUUGGCUUCACAGAAAGAACAGUUCUCCUUGCAAAUUGCAACCCAGUAAUGGAGGAAGGUUUUAGCAGACAAAGCCAUGACAAUGAGCCCUUUAAAGUCCUCGAGUUCUACAGUGGCAUUGGAGGCAUGAGAUAUUCGCUCAUGAAAUCUGGGAUUUACGCAGAAAUUGUUCAAGCUUUUGAGAUUAAUGAUGUUGCAAAUGAUGUUUAUCAGCAUAAUUUUGGUCACCGCCCAUUUCAGGGUAACAUUCAAAGCUUGACUGCAGCUGAUCUUGAUAAAUAUCAAGCACAUGCCUGGCUCCUUUCCCCGCCAUGCCAACCUUAUACGAGACAAGGCCUCCAGAGGGACUCAAGUGAUGCUCGAGCAUUUUCCUUCCUCAACAUUCUCGAGCUUAUACCUCAGCUGUCCAGUGCUCCACUCAUGCUUUUUGUAGAAAAUGUCGUGGGAUUUGAGACAUCUGACACUCAUAACAAGAUGAUUGGAGUAUUGACAAAAACAGGUUAUCUUACUCAGGAGUUCAUAUUAAGCCCAUUGCAAUUUGGAGUACCGUACUCCAGGCCACGAUACUUCUGUUUGGCGAAAAGGAGUCCUUCAUCUUUUCAAUAUACAAGAUUUAAUAACCAAUUGCUCUACACACCAAGCCCAUUGUUUGGUGAUGAUGACGAGUUGACACUUAAUGCACCUGAACAGUCACCGGAGAGCUGGGAAAGUAUGCUCCUGUCUUGUGAGCCUGUUCAGACGUUUCUUGAAUUUGACAAUUGCAGGAAUCAAGAUGUAACGGAAUCAAGGUGUUCAGAUACUGUAACUUGUUCUCCCUUUUCAUCUGAAUCUGCACAAAGACUGGACAUAAAGGUCGGAGUUGAUGGCAACUUGUUGGAUCAGUAUUUUGUUCCGCUAAACUUGAUAGAAAGAUGGGGAAGUGCGAUGGAUAUUGUAUAUUCUGAUUCAAAGCGAUGCUGUUGCUUUACGAAGAGUUAUUAUCGUUAUGUCAAGGGUACUGGCUCUCUUUUGGCAACAAUCGAACCAAAGUUGAAGGGGAAAGAAUCUUCGUUGAAGAGCCAGGGCCUUAGAUAUUUCACCCCUAGAGAAGUUGCCAAUCUGCAUUCGUUCCCAAAGGAAUUUUGCUUUCCCGAGCAUGUAAGCCUUAGGCAACGUUAUGCAAUGCUUGGUAACAGUUUAAGCGUAGCAGUGGUUGCUUCCCUGGUCAAAUACCUGUUUGCUGAUCCAUCUUGAUGAUCAACAACACGGAACGAUCUACAUCAUCCGGCUUCAGUAUUAUUUUACUGGUGCUCAAGCUAAGAUGGACAUGGCUGCAUACUAUUGCGAUAAUAGGUUUACCUGUUUGUCGCAAAAUUUUUGUUGUACCCGUGUACAGCCACAGCUGGCUGUACCCCAUCCAAAAUGAACAUUUACUAUUUUGAAAAUGAACAUUUAUUUAUUUAUUUGAAAAUGAACAUUUAAUAUUUCGGAAAUGGAGAUUUACUAUUUUAGAAAUGAAUAUUUAUUUAUUUAUUUGAAAAUGAACAUUUAUCUACUCA